GAGACCUGAGCCAACACGCCAUGUUCCAGGACCUGAUCCGCUUCUACACUCAGCUGUUGGAGAAGACCAGUCUGGCCACAGGAAUACUGAGCUGCUCGGCCAGACGUCCCUCCUCUGACAGCAGUGGCUGCAUCUCUGCUCUGCUCCACCAGAACGACCAGCUGAAGAAAACUACAGGAGAGCUGGCCUAUCAGGUGGUGGAGCUGCAGCAGAAGAUUAGGAUCAAAGAAAGUGCUCUGGACAAACAACAUGCCAGCAGGCUGGUGGAGGAGGAGUGUCAGCUGGCAGCUGCAUCUCAUGCCCAUCAGGAGCUGCAGGAGAGGGUGGAGCAGGUUCAGGCAGAGAACACGGCCUUGAAGUUGGAGUAUGACAACCUGCUGGAGCAACAGAGGCGGGCAGAGACGAGACUCAGGGAUGAGAAUGACCGAGGACUACACCUGGUGGAGGACAUGAUCCACCCGAAACUGCAGACCGCGGCCCGCAUGAACAGUCGCAAUGAACGCAGGUCCAGAGCCCAAGCCAUGAACCUGCAGAAGGAGCUGCAGACUGCUGCCAGGUCAAAGGUCACCUUGGACAGCUCCUCCAGUGCUCCAACCUCCAGGUCAACAUCUCCAAAGAAGCAGGACCAGGAGAAGUCCACGGACAGAAGACAGACUCGGCUCUUCAGGUCGGCGUCGGUUACAUCGCCGAGGAUCCUCACCACCUUCAAACAGCUAUUUGACAGGAGGAGGCGAGGCCGCUCAUUCUGCAGACUAGAGGAGGAUCUGAUGUGUCCUGUCAGAGUCUGUCUGCCAGCCAGAGCCCCUGCCAGAGCUCUACAAGUCCUGGAGGCCCAUGAGCAAGGCAUCAACGCUGUGAGGUUCAGCUCCAGCUCAGUCCUGUUGGCCACUGGAGGAACGGACCGAGUCGUCAAGCUGUGGGAGGUCAGAGCAGGCUCGCUGACUCACAGAGCGACUCUGGAUGGCAGCACUGAGGGGAUCACCUGCAUCGAGUUUGACCCAACAGGUCUCAGGGUCCUCGCGGCAUCCUACGAUAAGUCGGCCUUGUUGUGGCAGCUGGAUGACUCCAUUCCCAAGUUGACUCUGACAGGUCACAGCAGGAAGGUGACGGCGGCGAGGUUUGGCAGUUCACCUCAUCAGGUGGUGACAGGAAGUGCAGACAGAACCAUCAGACUGUGGGACCUGCACAGAGCUGCCUGUGUGCAGGUAGUUGAAGUGGCGUCAUACUGCAGUGACCUGGUCUGUUCUGAUAACUGUAUCAUCAGUGGGCACUACGACUGUAAGAUCAGAGUCUGGGACACCAGGGCGGCGAGCUGUGUUCAGGAGUUUCCUGCUCAGGGCAAAGUCACCUCACUGGACAUCAGUGUUGACCAUCGCCAGCUGCUUAGCUGUUGCCGUGACAACUGUCUCCAGCUGGUCGACCUGAGGAGGUGGAGCAAUGACCGCAUGUGCUUCAGAGCUGACGGGUUUAAAUGUGGCAGCGACAGCACCAAAGCUGUGAUCAGUCCAGACGGCUGUUUCCUGGCAGCCGGAUCAGCAGAUGGUGCCGUUUACACCUGGAAUGUCGCCACCGGCAACCUGGAGACCCACCUCCCUGGCAAACACAAUUCCUCCAUCAGUGCCGUGUCCUGGUCUCUGUCUGGCGAAUACGUCGUCAGCGUGGACAAGAGUCGGUGGGCCGUCCUCUGGAGUGACAUCUGAAACAACCAGCCCAUGAGGAGGUCACGUUGUCAAGGCAACAGCCCACACAUCACGCCUAACCUGAAAAAGCAACCUGAUCAGGGAGAAUUUGGGAUUUUUAAGAUAUUUGUUCAUGGGACAAACAGUACAUGAAACUUUAAGCUUGGUGCUUCUUUUUUUUACCCUAACUGUGGAGUAUUAACAGGUAUUACUGAGGGAACACUUUAAGCUUCUUUUACUGGAUUAUCUGAACAAAGGGAAAACUGCAGGACAUUCAGUAACAUUUAAAAUAUGUGACCAUGAAGCAAAGACGAUGGGAAACACAUUUUCCAGGAGGAGGACUCAAAGAUCACAAACAUCUGAUUUCAACCAAAAAAUGUAAAAACUCUGGGGAUCCAAACAGGAUUGACUUUAUUAUGUUUGUGUUUUUUUCUAUGUUCUAUUUUGUUAUUUUUCACAGACUAACAUGCACAUGGGAUGUUCUGGAACUAAAACUACUGUGGGGCAUUCAGCAGCUCAACCUACUGUGUAGCUGUCAGAUACUAACAUGGUGCAUUCUAGAACUAAGCUGAGUGUUUGGAAAUUAAAUUGAAUGCAAGUUGUUUACAGACUAAAGUUAACAUGGCGCAGUCAGAAACUGGAUUUGGGCAGCAGACUUUGGAGUUACUGCUUUUAGCCUGUGUAGUGUUUUAAAGUGGAAGACACUUGGUGCAGCAUCUAGGACGCCUCACCACAUCCAGAGAAGACAGUGUCUUUGUGUGACUACUUGUGCGAUGUGUUCGGAGACAUCUCAGGCUGCCCAUCACACUGCAGUGAAGCAUUUUGCACACGCCAAAACAGGUCACUUCACCCAUUUAAAGGCCUGGUUCCUGGUUCUCCUAAAACCCACCAUGAUCUCCUUGGUCGUGGAGAAAACCUCUGUGAUGACAGGACCUAACUGUGCUUUAAAAGUGUUUCUGACAGCUGAUUCUGAGCACAGAGGUUGGUGUCAGGGGUUCUGCGGGCCUUCAAAUGCUUUGAAUCCAUUUUUCUCAAAAGUCCUUCAUAUUGCCUGCCUGCUGUAGCGAGCGAUGUCAGUUACGUUAAGUGUUUUGUUCGUGGUUGCUGGCUGUUGGGAGACUUUAUACUACAAUAAACAAUGAGUAGGA